CGCGAUAAAACGGCGGCGUGAGCGUACGACCUGCCGCGGUUUCCCGGGAGAUAACGGAUUCGUAAAUCCAAGAUGGCUGACCCCGAGCAGCCGCAUAGGUGAUACCGCAUUCAUUGCGCCGGUAUAAAGUAUUGCUUUUUCUCCCCGGACCGGCGCUCGUAACUAUUAUCGCUAUUAUCGCUCGCAUCACUCUUGUCCAGACUCCAGAGUCCGUGUGGUUGGUUUCCCUUGUUCCCGCGACAUAUGACCGCACACACACACACACACACACACACACACACUAGUCAUCCCCCCUAACAUAUGUCCGUGCAUUUGUCUCGUUCCUUUUCUUUUGUCGCGACGAAAUUGAAUUAACAGAUAAAACGGCUGACAAUCUGGCUACAUUCCUCGACAUAAAAAUAAAACCAACCCCAUGACCCAGGGACUGUAGUUAGGUUCGUGGAUUCCCAUCUUCGGGUAACGCGCCAUUUGUCUUGCUGGUAUUGCCGGUCGUCGAAAUAACGAUUUAACAUGUCCUCCGGAGACGCGAGACUGAGUCGGAGACGAGGGCAAGCUUCAAAUGGAGCUACAGGUUCUGAUUCUGGUCAACAACAGCAAAGCAAUGAGCAAGAACUGGCCACCAAAAUGCUUCAAAUACAAUCAAAACGUUUUUACUUAGAUGUUAAACAAAAUAGAAGAGGAAAGUUUAUAAAAGUCGCUGAAAUUGGAGCUGAUGGUAGAAGAAGUCAAAUUUUUUUGGCUUUGUCGACUGCGGCCGAUUUUAGAGAUCAUCUUGGUACUUUCAGCGAGUUCUAUUCACAAUUAGGACCGCCCAAUCCAGACACCGUUCCUGAAGAUGGAAAAUUGAAGUCCGAAAUGAUGAUCAAGGACAACCGUCGUUAUUAUUUAGACCUAAAGGAGAACGCUCGUGGAAGAUUUCUUCGUGUCUCCCAGACCAUAACUCGUGGUGGCCCACGUUCUCAAGUUGCUAUCCCAGCGCAAGGGAUGAUUGAGUUCCGUGAUAAUUUGACGGAUCUAUUAGAUGAAUUUGGUACAGAUGAUGGUGGCUUCAAAGGUGACUUGCCUGAUGGUCGUCACAUGAGGGUUGAUAACAAAAAUUUUUAUUUUGAUGUUGGCCAAAAUAAUCGUGGCAUUUACAUGCGCAUAUCGGAGGUAACAACUACGGUUAAAGGAAACUUUAGAACGGCAAUCACUGUGCCAGAAAAGUCAUGGUCCCGCUUCCGCGAUUAUUUCAGGGACUAUUGCGAAAAGAUGGCUGAGUGCAACGAAAAAAGCACUACAGCAACAACUUCAGUGCCAGCUGAAAGUGUCAGUCCACAAUAAACCUCCAUGUAUAAAAAGUUAUAAAAAAAAAUAUAUAAUUACAUUUUUUUUUUCACACAAGCAAACAAAUGAAAUUUAAAAAAUGUUUUAAAUUAAUUUAGCAGGUCUAACGAAUAGUAUAAAAUGACAAGGUGGUGGGGAUGAUAUUCAAUUCGUCCUAAAGGAAUGUGAAUUUACUAAGGCAUCUGAUUUAUGUUCUAAUUGCACAUGAGUUUACCAACUGAUUGUGCAAUGUUAAAGUCUUUUCUAGCUUGUUGUUUAAGUGUUGUUCCAUCUCAUAAUUUCUCCAUUAGUGCAAUAUUUGUUGAACAUUUUUUUUAAAUUCUAGUAACUACCAGAUUGAUGUUUUUGUUUUAUAUUUUAUUAUGAAAAUUGUUGUUUAAAUUUUAUCCCGAAAGUUGACAUUUAUUUUGUUAAAUAUUUUUUUUUAGCUUAUUAAUCAUUCCAAAAUUUAUUCAGUUAUGUUUAUUUAUUUAUUAUUUGACAUUUUAUAAUAAUUAAUGAUUACAUUAUCAAUACUUUCGAGUUAACAGUAAAUCAUUUUAUCAAAUAACAAUUAUGCCUGUUACAUAUUAUUUUUUUUGCCUUAUCAUUUAGUGCUUAAAAAGUUUUAGUGUCUCAAGAGUACAAAAUUUAGACAAAUUUUCCAUAACAUAAGAAAAGUUAAAAAGUUAAAAUCAAUUUAAAUAUAUACAAUUAUAUAACCAAUAUUAUAUGUAUAUAAUAUAAAUGUUUAAUUUUGUAUUAGAUAUUCAAAGAAAAUAUUAUGUGUUUAUUAGGUUUAAAGAAAAAAAAAACAAUUUUAUGUAUGUCAGCUUUAUGUGUACCUAUUUUAUUUACAGAUCUUUUUUCUAGUCUAUUAAAAAUUAAAAUAUUUAUUCUAACAAAAAAAUUAUAAUUUAAUGUUACUAAUUAAGAUUUUUUCACGUACUUAAAAUUUUAUUUUGGAAAAAAAUUUCUAAGGAAUUGUUAAAGUUUGUUGGGUAUGGAUAGUGAUUGGAGGUCAUUGUCCUGAGUGGUCUGUGAUUUUGAAAGUAGAACAAUUGGAAAUUAUAUAUAUUUUUCUCUGUUAUGUUUGGUUCUUUAUCAUGUUGGGCACGCGUUUCACAUAUAAAAAAAUUGAUAUGCUCAAAGCGGUUAUCUAUUUUUUUUUCAGUCAAUUAGAAAAGAUUUGUGGGAAUGUUUAAGUUAAAGGAUGCAAACACACUGCCAUUCUAAAUUUUCCCAAAUUAAACAAUUUCUUUUUAGUUAUUACUUUGUUAACAUUUCAUAUUAUAUUGCAUAAUCGUGGAAAAAUCUAGCAAAUUUUAAAUUUAUACUAUGUUAAAUAAUUUAAAAUAUUUGUAAAUUAAAAGUAUUUAUUAGAUAACAAAUUAAAAAUUACUUUUCCCACUUGAAGAUUAAUUGUAUUUUAACUCACAUGCAAUAGUACCUUCAUUAUAUUAUAUAAUAUUAUAUUCCUUGUUGAUUGUUUUAGAUUUUUUUUUUUUACUUUAUGAAUAUUUAUUUUUCCGUUUGUACUUGUUUUGUACAAAAUUUGUUACCAGAAUAUUAUGAUUUUGUAUAAAACAAGUCACAUUAUCUGUGUCUGGAGCAAAUAAACUAAUUGUAACGUGAAAAGAUAUUUGGACUUGAACUUUUCACUGUACCAAUUAUUUCCUUUAUCUUGAAAAAAAAAGUAAUAAGUUUUCUUUAAUAUCAAUUUUGACCUAAUAAUUGUUUACAGAGUAAUUAUUUUUUUUUUUUUUUUAAUAUAAGCUAUUGUUCUGUGAAACUAUGUUUGAGUUUUUGGAAAAUUUAACCACAAAAUAAAUAUCCAAUGUAUUUAUUUAUCA